CACCUCUCUUCUAGCUUAGCCAGGGCUGAGGCUGCGCUGCCACCGCGCCCUUAGGAAGCCCUAGGGCGUCUAGCUAGGGGACCCCCUCCCCGCCAGGGGACAGGGAAAGAGGCACGGUGCCGGAAGAAAUAUCAUUUAAGAAGAGAAGCAAAACCAAAAAAUAGUAGAGAGAUAAAAGAGUGAGAGUGAGAGAGUGAGAGUGAGAGAAAGCGAGCUAGCAAAAGCAAGUACAGAGAGAAAAAGGGAACUCAAGGAGAAAGAAGUGGUGCCCUGGAGGUGCCCAGGGGGCGUGAGAAUUAAUUCUAAACACAAUAUAUCAAAAUAAAGCAAAAAAAAAAAGGUACAAAAAGUCACAAAGAAAAAAAAAUUCAAGCAUCAAAAUCCAAACUCAAGAAGUCACCGCACUGUUAAAGGAAUUCGGAAGUCAAGAUGUUGGAUACCAUCCACCCAGCCCUCCUCGAAUUAGGAAAACAGGUGUUCCCCACCCUGCCCUCGCUGUCUCAGGAUGAAGUUUCAAAUAUCUGGGCAAAUGUGUCAGAAUUUGUUGAACGGCAGCUAUCCUUACGUAAGGGGGUCCAGAUUCCGGGAUUUGGAACCUUCACCUUUGUAAGGCAAAGGCUCGAUGUGGGAAACAACAAGUUUAUUCUCCUUCAGAGGCCUGUGUUUGUGAUAGCUGAGAAGUUUGCCCAAAUGCAUGGACUCAAACAAAACAAAAUAUUUACUCCUGGUGAUAUCCCAGUUGUUCAGCUUAACUUCGUCAUGAUAUCCCUGGAGGGUCCUUUUAACAGGGAUGUGGUGGAAGGAUGUGUGAAGGAAACAUUGCUCUUUUUAUCCCGAUCCAUUUCUGUCAAACAAAAUGUGGAGUUUACAUUCAAGGGAAUAGGGGUCCUCAUGAUUAGAGACAGCAAAGUGAAGAUGAGGUUCUAUAAGGACUUCCUGUGUUCCAUGGAUGGAAGUGGGAAUUUGGUUAAAGCUCUUUCAAAUAGGCCUGGGACGACAGACUCAGUGAUGUCUAACAGAGAGGGAACUGCCCAGCGUCCUUGCAGUGUGUGUGCUUUUCCAAGGAUUGAGCCCAAGGAUCUAGAAACCAAACCAGCUAUAGAAACCAUCAAAGAAGUUGAACUGACUGGCCCUCUGGAGUGUAAGAACAAAGACCAGGGAGAAAAAGAAGAAGUAAGAGAGAGCAUUUCAGCCAAGAGGCUUCGGGCUAGGCAAGCUAUCUCUCCUGUCAAAGUGACAGGAAUCAACUUGAUAGACAGGGUGGAGAAGAACAAUACUCUGAAGCCUUCAGCACCUGAAAGAUUAAAAUCACCAAGUUCUCUGAAAUCAGACAUGGACAUGAAGCCCAAAACUCCUGUUGUCCCUCUUUGCCAGGGCCAUGUAAAAGCAGGACAGGAGAUGUGCUAUGUAUGUUUACAACGAUCCCAACGGAAUGUACCAGUGUACUGCAGCGAAGAGAGGAAAAGGAAGGAAAUAGAAGAUGACCGGAUCAUACAGCAGUAUCAAAUGCUGAAAGACCAGGAGGCACUCUAUAAACAUCAGGCUAAAAACUUGGCUAUUAGAGAACAAAAUCAGAAAAAUGCUGCAUAUAAUCUUGGAGUUGCUGAAGCUAUCAGAAGCCACAAGAUUGAGAAACCUGAGUUUUAUAAAUCCUAUAUUUUUGACAAACGACCACUUAGUCCUGAGAUUAAUUCUGCUAAGCAAGAGGAAUAUUCCCAAGGUCUUCUGAAACAAAUGGAGAGCAGACGAGAAAAGGAAUUGAAGCAGAAACAGAAUGCUGAGCUAAUGGACCGCCUAGAACAAGUACAGCUCACAGAAGAUCUUGCUGCCCAAAGAUCAAAGUACUUAAAAGACAGAAUGGAAGAAGCACAAUAUUACAAGAGGGCCUUGGAUGUACAGAUAAAGAACAGGCCACCUCCACUGCCUGUAUAUGAGCCUGAUUCAUCAGAGCCCAUCUUCGGGAAGAUGGAUAUGACCAAUGAACGUCUGGCAGAGAAGAAGCAGCGGGAGCAAAAGUACAUGAAGCACCAGCUGCAGACAGUGGCGGACCACAAGAGGACAGCCAUCCUGCGCCAGCUGGUGGAUCAGAGGCGGGAUAUAGAAAUGUUGCAGAAGACCCAGAGAGAGCACUUGGCAGAAAGGAUGGCGGAGCUCGAGAGGACAAUGAAGAUGAACCAAGGCCUGCAAGACAACUGGGAGAAGAGCGCUGAGCUGAAGAGGCAUCGGGACAUGGAGGAGAAGAUCUUCAAACGGGCUUCUGACAAGUUGUUCAUCCUGGAUCAAUGCGAGAAGUAUCGACGCUGUUGCCAGUGUAAGAGGCGUCUGAACAACUGUGGGGAAACUAACCUGUGGCCGAUGACCAGACACUUACAUGGCUCCAGACUGCUGGUUUAAAAAGAAUGUUUGGGCCUGGGUUUCCUGGGGAAAAGUUCUACUCUUUUGGAUGUGGUGAUGUGACUGUGGACUGCUUAUCACACCUCAAUGAAAACAAUAUUAUGAGGUUUUUUUGUGCCUUCGGUUUUAGAAGUCUUUUUCUCUAUGUUCUCUAGUAGAGUUCACAUAAAAAAAAUCAAAUGGAAAAAAUAGGUUCCCCCCUUCCUGGUCACCCCAGUUGAUUGUCAAUGCUUCUGUCUGCUUGGAGUUAAGGUGGGAGUAUGGUGGUAAGGGCUAGAUUACCACUGGCUUAGGGCCCCGGGGAUGGGAGCAAUGGUUAUUCCUGUCCCUCUGUUUGGUGGGAUUUGUGAGACUGGGAUGCUACUGUGUUAUCCCUGCCCCUAUGUGACCUUGGGCAAGUCACUUUAUUCUUUUGUGCUAUAAUAAGCAUUAUUAUAAUAAAUAUUUUUCAAAGUGCCUACCUGUGCGUGGCAUUUGAUAAUAGCAACUGUCCACCCCUUAGUUAACCCUAUCUUCUCCAGGGCAACUGGAAGCAUUAGGGUUGGAGUCACAACCACAGGUGGGGCCCAAGCCUAAGAGAGUUAAUGGGACCUGAGUAGAAGGCUUAGGGGCCUGAGGCUUUGUCUGGUAAGAAUAGAAGGUAGAAGACAGCAGAAAGCCUCCCUGAAGAUCAAACAGGUUUGAAUUCUGGGGGAGGUCCAGGCAGUGUGGGGAGCAGGGGACCUAAUUCUCUGAUACUAGUGGAACAAAACUCUUAUCAGGAGGGGGAUAUAUGGAGGAAUAAUAGGCAUAUGAAGGUAGAUCAAAAAGGGAUGAUCCAAAGUAAAAGGACUGGAGGAAUCUUGACAGCCCCCUCCCCUCUGGUUCUUAAAGAGGGGCAUUUCCUAGUCAGCCCUUGUUACCGAGCCAUGAGUUGGUUAGAAUAUUUCCUUACCUUUCUUUUUUUCACAUAGGACACACUUAUAAAUGUACUGGCAUAUUCUAAAUAUCAUCCUCUCCCUUCUCCCUCCUCAUGAUCAACCAUAGUAAUCCAAACAUCCAUAAGUUUUACAUCCAUCCAAACUCCAAACACCAUGUGUCCGUCCCCACAACCUCCACCGUCCCUUAUCUUUCUACCUUGCAUAUUACUAUCUCCUUUCCCAGUUGGACACAGAAAGACGAAUGAGGAAACCUGAUGUGAUGUGAACACACUGCAAUCACAAUAUCAUUUUAAGCAGUCUUGGUUUCUUUUUAUACUUCGUUUUUGCUGAUUGCAUGGGUUGUGCCAUCAGCAAAUACCAAAGAGAAGAGCACAUGAUCAUAUUAUUACAUAGAAUCUUAGAUUCUUGGGAGUUGGACAGGACCUCAGGUGAACUGAUUCAGCCCCCUACCUGAAGUAUGGAUCCCAUCCUUGACAAGUAGUCAUCUAGCAUGUGCUUGAAGAAGACGUCCAAUAACAGGGAACUCACCACUUCUGGAGGAAACCUUUGGUUUGAGUGGUUGGAAAUUCUUCAUGUUGAUCUGAAAUUUGUUUCCUUGUAAUUUACAAUCCUAGUCAAGCUCCAAGCUUAAUAAAGAUCAGCUUAAUUCUCAUCUGUUCUGGAUAAACAGGUGGUUGUUGUGUGUUGUUGAGUCGUUUCAGUCAUGUCUGACUCUUCAUGACCCCAUUUGGGGUUAUUUUGGCAAAGAUGGUUGAGUGGUUUGCUAAUUCUUCAGCU